GCGCCCAGCUCGCGCAUGCGCACGGCGCUCGGGAUGGUUUCGGUGCUGCUCGGCAUUUCUCGGCUCUUCCGACUUUUCACGAGGACUCCUCGGCAUUUCUUCCGAGAUCAGCACCAGGAAGAGGACGAAGAUCUCAGGAGGAGGACCAGACAGUUUGGAGGAGGGAGGGUCGAUCAUUUGGAAGGGAGCCAGGGCAGUGUGCAAAGGUUGAUGGGAAAGUCUGGCUCAAAGGGGCCUGGGGCCAGUGGCCCAGCAGGUCCAGAGCUGACUGGAAACAUGGCUGCCGAUGCCUUUAUAAAGAACGGGAUAGUUCCUGACAUAGUGGACACUGCCCCAACAGAGACAGCAGCAGUUACCUAUGAGAGCAACACCACCAUUGUCGACUUUGGAAAUGAGCUCACCCCAACACAGGUGAAGAGCCCUCCCCAGGUGAUCUGGGCAGCAGAAGAAGGCUAUCUCUACACUCUCAUCAUGACAGACCCAGAUGCCCCCAGCCGUUCCAACCCCAAGUUUCGUGAGUGGCAUCACUGGCUGAUAGUCAACAUCCCGGGACACGACAUCGGGCGGGGAGAGGUUCUCACCGACUACAUCGGCGCUGCUCCUCCCAAAGACUCGGGACUCCAUCGCUAUGUCUUCCUGGUGUACAGGCAGCAGGGGAAACUGACGUGUAACGAGGAGAGACUGCCCAACAACUCAACAGCUAACAGGGGCAAGUUCAAGACCAAAGUGUUUGCUACCAAGUACAAGCUGGGCAACCCUGUGGCCGGCAACUUUUUCCAGGCUCAGUGGGAUGACUGGGUUCCCCAGCUCUAUGCAAGCAUGAAGAAAUGAGCAGGAGAUGGACAUGUGGCACUAUGCACACAGGACUGAAAUGCUUUGGUGACAAGUUUCAAGCUGCAAAACAUGGUGUUGGCUUAUAGCUUGAUGUUGAUGUGGCCUCCUGUAGAUAGAUUUGGGAGUUAGAAAGUCCGAACACAAUGUUACCUUGAAAAGUCAUAGUUGUGUAUUCCACAUGUUUGUUCUUAAACUUGUAUACUUGUACUAUUGUACUAUAGUCCUUGUGGUACAUGAAUUUGAUAAAUGCCCAUCAUAAAAAGGUCUCUUACUUUGUGCACUGGGGCGUUUGGGGCUCUGAAUAGACUGUUACUAAGUAGUACCUUAAAGAACUGACCUGUCAACAGCAUAUGAUGUACAAAUUUUAUUUUAUUUGCUUUACGUAAGUCAUAAGGAGCUGUUCAUACUUUAUCUAACGUUAUAUGUUUAUUUGUCACUACUGUCCACAUCCCAGUUCUUAAUACACAUUAGAUAUACAUAUUUGCCAGGUAAAACUGUUGAAUUCUCUUGCUAUGAGGAUUUUGAUUUUGUUUGAGCCAUAUCAUAUAUAACCAAGGUGCCAAAAGCAUUCCAGGCAUGUGUUAUUUUAGCUAUAGCUAAGUUUUAGUUAGUUUAUGUAAGUUAAUGUUAAUUCCCUCACAGCUUUGGAGCUGAUACAUUGGACAUAACAACGUAGUAGAAACCAAGAUUAUCUAUCUGUACUUAUCAUGUGACAUUGCAU